CUAGCGAGUUGUAGCGAACAUUGAAAGUAAAAAUGAAGCGUUGAGAAUUGGGCAUAGGGCGCCUAGCAAGCAAAAGGCGGGAAGAUUUAAGAAAGAGGGCUAGUUUUAGUUUUAAUGAAAUAUGAAAGCACACGGAGUGUAAGACUGUUGCAAUCAAUUGUAAUCAUGGCGUACCCAAAAACGUCCAUGAUCGAAAUUCCAGAAGAUGAAGAAGAUGUUGAGUUUCUAUGUCAACUCGAGGCAGCUGAAGCCCACGCUCUUUCCUCCUUCUCAAAACGCCGUCGUAUCGCCGUCGAAACAGGGAUGAAAUUGGAGAGAGAAAGAGACGAUUUCGUCGAAGAAAUACAAGAAGGAGCUUACACUGCUGCACUCAAAGGAAGCAAAAGUCUUGCAUGGAAGAAACAACAAAUGGCUUCGUCGGCGGUAAGUGUAGGACCCACUGUCAUGGGCGGUGGUGGUGGAAGUGGAGCGUGUUUCAAGUGUGGCAAGGAAGGGCACUGGGCUAGAGAUUGUAAUCAAACGACGGCAUUUGUAAGAAAUGUGAAUGUGGGACCUACAAUGAUGACGCCUUCGACGACGGUGGAUGGUGGAGUAGAGAAGAUGUGUGCUUGUGGUUUGGGGAAUUGUUUGCUUCUUACUGCUAAUACUGAGCGUAACCGCGGUCGCAUGUUCUUCAGAUGUCCUGCUCGUCAGGAGAAUGGCGGUUGUGGAUUUUUUGAGUGGUAUGAUUCAUCUUUUGGAAACAACAAUUCUAACGAAGGUUCUAGGACUUGGACGAAUGGAGGCCAACGACAAUUUUACCAACAUCCUACUGGCCAGGGAUCACCAGCCUUGAUGACAUCACGGAAUGACUAUGAUAGAGGAGUUAAAUCUCUAAGUACCAGCUAUGGCGCAGUUCAAAAGUUUGAUUUAACUGCUGAUAACAGAACUUAUGGUGUCGGAACAGGUUCGUCUUGCUUCAAGUGUGGCGAUGAAGGGCACUGGGCAAGAGAUUGUCCGAUUACAUCUUCCAGUACAACUAACAAUGGAUCAUCAGCCUGUAAGACAUCAUGGAAUGACUAUGAUAAAAGAGCUAGUCCUUUAAGUACCAGCAAUGGUGCAGUUCAGAAAUUUGAUACAACUGCUGAUCAUAACAAAAGUUGUGGUGUCGGAACAGUUUCGUCUUGCUUCAAGUGUGGUGAGGAAGGACACUGGGCAAAAGAUUUUCGGAGUACAUCCAAUAUAACCAACAAUGGACCACUGGUCUUUAGGAAUUCGUGGAAUGACUAUGACAAAGGAGCCAGUUCUUUGAGUCCCAAAUAUGGUGCAGUUCAGAAGUCUGACGUAACUGCUGAUAACAAAGUUUAUGGUGUCAAAACAGGUUUGUCUUGCUUUAAAUGUGGGGAGGAAGGGCACUGGGCUAGAGAUUGUGCAAUGUCUACCAACACAAGUAAUAACGUGAGCACAAAGACUUCAGCUAAUGCUUGUUACAAGUGUGGUCUGUCCGGUCAUUGGGCUAGAGACUGCUCCCAAGGCUAACUUUCGACGCUGCAUACUUUAGGACAUUUUGCUGCAUUUUAAGCAUCUUUAUUUUUGGGCUGUUUCUUUUUCGUCCAUUUUUGUUUAAGUCGGUUUACAAGUCUACAAGGCAUGGUCUUUUGUCAAACAAUACUACACUGGAUAAAAUCUACAGCUGCUUGUGUCUGACAGCUGAAUAAGUGAGUAUAUUUUGUGACCCUGUAAUGUAAGUCAGUUAAUUGUUUAACGCGUGCAAUGCAUAGAUUUGAAGUGUGUUCUUCUCAGACUUAUUUUAGUUAAACUUUUUUUUUUGUUUUCAUAACUUUGCUGAUAUUUAUUUUUGCUCAAAUUUAUUUGCUUAGCUUCAUAACUUUGAGCCAACAUGUGUAUUGUAAACUUGGUUAUACUAAUAUUAUUUUGUUUUGGUCGA